CUCCUUUUGUACCUUCCCUAGCCCGAAGCCUCCCGGAGUGGGAGGAGGCGGGUCUAUGCACGCUGCGGGGACGGAGGUGUCCGGGCAGCUCUGGCGGUGACGUGGGAGACCCUCCGGAUCCCGCUGUCCUGACGGGAAGGGAAAACGGGCAGGUAGUCUGGAGAAAUCAGAAUCUUCACAAAGCCACUGAUAAUUUAGAACAAUGUUUGCAGACUUGGACUAUGACAUUGAGGAAGACAAGCUGGGGAUUCCUACAGUACCUGGAACAGUGACCUUGAAGAAAGACUCUCAGAAUCUGAUUGGGAUCAGUAUAGGUGGAGGAGCCCAAUAUUGUCCCUGCCUGUAUAUUGUCCAGGUAUUUGAUAAUACUCCUGCAGCUCUUGAUGGAACGUUGGCAGCUGGUGAUGAAAUCACAGGUGUGAAUGGGAAGUCAGUCAAAGGAAAAACCAAAGUAGAAGUAGCCAAAAUGAUACAGGUGGUGAAGGGAGAGGUGACAAUUCAUUACAACAAACUCCAGGCAGAUCCAAAGCAGGGGAAAACCUUAGACAUUGUGCUAAAGAAAGUGAAGCACCGCCUGGUAGAGAACAUGAGCUCAGGGACAGCAGAUGCCCUAGGGCUGAGCCGAGCUAUCCUCUGCAAUGAUGGGUUAGUAAAGCGAUUAGAAGAGCUGGAGAGGACUGCAGAACUAUAUAAAGGGAUGACAGAACAUACCAAGUGUCUUCUCAGAGCCUUCUUUGAACUGUCUCAGACUCACAGAGCAUUUGGUGAUGUUUUUUCGGUUAUCGGUGUACGAGAACCUCAGCCAGCAGCCAGUGAAGCAUUUGUGAAGUUUGCUGAUGCUCAUCGCAGUAUUGAGAAAUUUGGAAUCCAUCUUUUAAAAACUAUUAAACCAAUGUUGACUGACUUGAACACCUACCUGAACAAAGCAAUUCCUGAUACCAGGCUAACUAUCAAGAAGUAUUUGGAUGUCAAGUUUGAGUAUUUGUCAUACUGUCUUAAGGUGAAAGAGAUGGAUGAUGAAGAAUACAGCUGCAUUGCCAUGGGAGAACCUCUCUACCGGGUUGGAACUGGGAACUAUGAAUAUCGUUUAAUCCUGCGCUGCCGCCAGGAGGCACGUUCACGUUUUGCCAAAAUGAGGAAGGAUGUGCUGGAAAAGAUGGAGCUGCUAGAUCAGAAACAUGUGCAAGACAUUGUGUUCCAGCUCCAGCGUUUUGUGUCCACACUUUCCAAGUACUAUGAUGAUUGUUAUGCUGUGCUGAGGGAUGCAGAUGUUUUCCCAAUUGAAGUGGACCUAGCACGUACUACAUUGAGUUAUGGCCAAAAGGAUGUCUUCACAGAUGGGGCAGAGGAUGAGGAGGAAGAGGAAAGUGGUGGAAGUAGAGAAUGCAAUAAAAAAGAGGAGGAAAAUGGAGAGAAACUCAUUGAUGAUGCCUGAACAUCUGAAUUUAGCAAGGUGCAAAAUCCCUGCAGAGACUGAUAAAUUCUAUUUCUCUAGACAGCUUGUCCACAGUGACUCUUCUGUUUGUACAAGCCCAAGGGAAUCAAGAUUCUGUAUUGAAUAGGGGCAUUUGGGUAUGAUGUAUGCAAAAUCAUGCAAAAAAUAUUCCGUCCUUGUCCCUUUGAAUGUGCUUUUCUCAAAAUCUCACUGACCUCAUCAAGAGCUGGUGGGAUUGAAAUGACUACUUGAAAGUAGCCUUCAAUCAUCACCCCAACAUGGCUUCCUGUGCAGAUGGACUAUGAUUAAAUGUACAGCUCUUUCUCUCUCUCUCUCUCUCUCUCUCUCUCCUUCAGUAGCCUAGUAUCCUUAUGUAAAAAUGGCUGAAUAUUUGAUUUCUUAGGGUUUUCUUUUUCUAUCACUUUUCUGUCAUUUUUAAUCUUGAAUGAUAUUGCUGCUAGCAGGUGAAUAUAACAUUAAGGGUGUUGACUGCUCUGCAUUGCCGUGGCCCUUAUUAAACAAAAGGAGAAGCAAGGUAAACUGGGUGAAAUCAGAAAGGUCAGCCUUAGAAUGAUAAUUUAAAGAGAAUUGGCCAAGAUAAUCUGUCUGAAUGACAGAGUUAUCCUUAGUAACAUCAAGUCAGGAUGAAGACCAGUGGGUGCUAGAAAUAAAAGCAAGGACAUUUUAAUCAUAGCAUCAAGUUCCAUAUGGAACUAUCAUUCUCUUUGUAUUCUCAGCCCCACUGGUCUUCAUAUGCAAUGAGUCAUGAUUGGCUGUAACCAAAUACACUCUUUGAGGACCACUCAGCCAGCCUUAUAUGCUCUCUUGCAUAGGUGCUGUGUUGCAUGAACUUUUCUAAAACCAAGCCUUAUCCAAUAAUUAACAAGUUGUGAAAUUUGAGACUUUGUACCAGGAAGGAGGAAAUGGUAGCUUAAAAGGGAGGCAUAAGAUUAUUGAGGUUAACAAUAAGACAACCAUUUUAAGCAUUAAGUUCUUAAUUCAUACAAUGCACUUUCAUUACACCUACACAUUUUUCCCCUUUUGAAUGCUGCUUUUGUGGACAGAGGGACUAUUAUGAGCAUCCCCCUGGUGCCCCUGCUCCUUCUCAUUCAAGUCACCAAUUCAGCAGCCAUUGAAAUGUGAAUGAUAAAUAAACUGUCAAAGGAAGUGGGGGGAAUCACUAAUAUUCUUUCUCUCUUUUAUAUUUUAUUGAAUAAGUACAAUAUUCAGACAUGAUCUAAACACACUCAAAAUUACAAAAAUAAGCCAGAAAUAAAAUCAAAAAGAAGAAAAAUUGUCCAAAAUAACAUUUAUGCCAAUGGGGACAAUCUAUCAGAAAUAACAUUAAUAUGACAUAUUACAUAAUGGCUAAUCAAUGGUGUGCAAAUUUGACACUGCCACUAAUAUUCUGUGAAGAAAUCUCCCCAUCCUAUAUCUCAGUCUCCACAGGCUCCUGCCCUCCAGAUGCAAAUCCCAUCACCCACAACUAGUAUAACACAAAGUUAAAGCUGCUCAAAAUCUCAUUGAGUUUUUAAACAAAAUAGUCUGAUUAUAAAGCAUUGCCUUUGAGGAAAAAGGGCUUUUGUUCCUCCUUAAAUUGGUGUAGUUUGUGCCAACUGGUAAGAAAAACUACAUGAGAGCAUUACGAGAAGCAUGUUUCCCUGUGGCUUUUGUUUUUGCUUCCUGUUGUCUCUUUCUCUGUGAAUGACCAAAAGAAAGCCAAGCUAGGGUCAGGAUGAUCUUAGUGGGAUUUUAUGUGUCAAAUGGAAUGACUAAUAAAAAUAUGAACUUUCUGCUCUUUUUCCUUCUGACUUAAGCAUUAGGUUUGUGUCUCCUUAAUCUUUCGGCUUACACCAUAAGUAAAAAGUAUGAAUGGCAGAAGACUCAAAUUGCUUCCAGAUUGCAGGAGUCAUUUGGCUCCAAAAAGGAAAUGCUCCAAAACUGAAAACCAAAACCACAAAACUGACAAACCCAGGUGGACUUUCCCUUAUCAUCCUGAUCAGCAACUUUUCUAGAGCUUUCUAGAGCUACUGCAGUAGAGUUCCCAGAACCCCUCAAUUGUGCUAGGAAUGAGAAAAUAAGAGUUGUAUCCGAUAGGCACUGUCGUUGGAUGUGUCAAUAUUGGAAAGGCUUUAGAUAGCUAUGGUGGCAUAUCCUGGGCCUGCCUGAUCAAAAAGCAGCUGCAACAACUUUCCCAAGUGAAUUUCUCUCCUUGGUCCACAUCCAACAUGGUGUUUGUAGGUUCAGUGCAGUUCUACGUCUGCAAAAUAGGCUGCCUGCUUUCUGUGCAGAAUUGUUACAGAAAAGACUGGCCAUCAGAGUGGAAAUAUAAAGUUUCCAUGCCCAUUGCCUUGCUUGAAUGUGAAAGUUGCUUUCUGGAGUUCUGUCAUUAUCAAAUGUGUGCAGCCUACUGUACUCCUAAUCUGUUGGGCUACAACUCCUAUCCUCCUCCAGCCAGCACUGGCAUUGCUAUAAUCUGAAGGACAGCAAAUUGGAGAAGGAUAAUAUUGACUGUUCAGAAUAUAUGGAAAUACUUACAGUUGAAUUUAGAUUAAUGUUAUGGGUAGUCAUAAGCUCACAUGGUAACUCCUUGGUCACGUAACUAUUUCUGCUUGAGCAGAACAAUGUUACUGGGCUUCAAAAUAUUCAGUGCUAUGCUACCCCUAUCUCUUCAUUUCCUUCCUGCAUGUUUCCUUCCUUCCUUCCUGCAUUCCCCCUCAGGGAAAUGUUAAAGGGAUUAGGAAGGAAAUGAAGAGAUAUGAGGGGGGGGGUGUCUGGGAGGGGUGGAGGAAACAUCUACCAACCAACCUGUCUCCCCCCUUCCCCCCCCCCCACCUUGUCUGAAUUGAAAUCCUACAGUCA